AUGGGUGAGGUCCUCCCUGUAACACAACUGUGCCUUGGUGGAAGAGGGCAUUUCCAGGGGCAUCCACUCAGCAGCGCAUCCAUAGCCUCCACGGACAUGGGGCUGCUGCUGCAAGAUGAUGUUUUUGUUGAUUUUUUCAACAUCUUUCUGAACCUUCCCGUUUUUGGGCAGACACUUUACAUCAGUGGUACGGGCCGGUGGUGCCCCUCGUUAGAAGGGAGGAUGGCUUGGCUGGAAAAGCCCCGGCUGCCUGACUUCUGCAAAUCCAGCCUGUGCCUGCUCCUCGUGCUCUGGCAGAAGCUGCCGGGUUUCAGUGGCUCGGGGGAAGCAGCAGAGCUCCUGAACUGGCAGAGUGCUGAGCAGUGGCUGCUGGAGAGGUGCAUCAGUGGGAGCCAGGGCAUGCAGCACUUCUGUGCCUUCAUCCAAGGAAUGCCAGGGGAAGAACUGAUCGACUUCUGGCUUCUCACUGAAAGGCUCCUGGGUCUGAACGAUCAGAGGGAGCUGUUCUUGUCCCUGGUGCACAGGCUGAGAGCCACUCACCUGUGUGGCUCCAGUUUUGUCACCUUCUCCACCACCAUCCGUGGAUCUCUUCCAAAAGCCAGGCACAUCCAGUCCAUCAGCAGCAGAGGGAAGAUCCUAAGCAAGAUGCAGGAGCAGGUCCUUUUUAUGAUUCAGAGUUACUGGCUCCCUAAAUUCUAUCACUGCAAGAUGGGAAUGGAGGAAGAGGAAUCGUGCUGGCCUUUGCUCCAGGAAUAUCAGGAAUGUUUCACAGGCCUGUCAGAGCCCCUCCCCACGAUGCACAUCAAAGGGAGCCAGGGUGUGUCAGGGCCCUGCUGCAGCCAGAAGGCCAAAGCAGAGGUCUGGGCUUUGGUCAAGGAGGGGAGAGGCACCCAAGAAUUGAAAAUGGCCACUUUUCAGGUGAAAGCAGAGAAGCAGCCAGGGCCAGCUGGGAGCAGGGAGGAAUUGUGUCUGGAUAAGGAUGCUUUGGGAUCAAUUCCCCAGCAGUCACAGCAUCCUUUGGAGCAUGCCUUUGGAGGCAGAGGAGGAGCAACAUUUCCUGGAAAACCUCAGUCCAGUGCAGAGCAGGAUCUAGAAAACCUCUGUUAGGAAAAAAUCCUCUCUGAGCUGCCUCCCUGUGCAUCCCUUGCCUGGCUGCCAUCCCUGAAAAAGCCAGUCAAGACCUUGGAUUUCCUUCCUUGGGCCCUGAGUGCUGAGGCCUGUGCAGGAAGACCCUUCAGAGAUUUCCUACAGCACCAGAUGGCCAUGGAGACUCAUCUUUUGGACCUGUGGCAUGACCUGGAGGAGUUUCCGCCAGUGGUGCUGGACUGCAACAGAGAAAACAGCUUCUUCCUGCACCAUUUGAUUGGUGAAAAGAUCUGCAAGAUCUGCCUGGAGGACACAACUUAAAAGCUUCCCUUGGAGAACAGGGCUCUCGUGAGUUUGUGGAACCAUCUGAUAUGUGGAGAAUUCUCCCCCUGGAUAUUCAGAGCCCAGAAGGAGAUUUGCAAGGUGCUCUGUGGCCUCUAUGAGGAAUUUCUGGCCUCUGAUGACAAGACAUUCCUGCAGUUUAUGGCAGAACCCUCUGAGCAUCCCACCUGCACUGGGGGACAUUUCCACCUGUCCCAGAGGAUGAACCAGUCCCUGCAGCUGAGCCAGGUCUUGCAUGGCAUAAGGAGUUUGGAGGGGGGGGUCUCCUCCAAGCACUGGCAAUUUUUUGCUGCUCGGGACCUGCAGAAAGGGGGCUCCAUCCAGGCAGAGCUGGAGCAGCUCCUUGGCAGCACUUGUGAGAGGGGGUCUCCAUUCCUGCUCAUUGUUGUCAACUUCCUUGUUGAUAACCUCCACUUUCACCUGGAGAUGGACAAGUUUUCCAGAUUGGCUGACUGCGAGGAAGCUGUGGCACCCCGCAACAUGCAGUCAGAAAAGCACGUUGCCUUUCUCAAAAGGAAACUUGCCAUCAUCAGCAAACUUUUCCUGAAUUCUGACAUCCCCUCCCAAGUUGUCAACAUCUCUGAGAAAGGCAGGGAUUUAAUCUGCCGUUCAUCUUCCAAGGGGCCACUGACCCGGGCCAUCUACCACAACGCCAAGGUCACCCUCUUCCCCAUCCUGAUGUACUUCUGGAGGAGGUUCUGCACCUAGAAGGUGAUGAGGACCCUUCAGGCCUACUGA